ACGACUUACGACUGAGCUGUCCAUCGCCUGUAGAGAAAGGAAGGACACAGAGGAAGAGGAGACGUGUCUCCAUUGAAGCCAGAGUGAAACCAGCUUGCUAACACAGCACGUGUAAAUAUGAUCGCAUUGUAUGAUAUGGCCGUGUGUAGAGCUGCAGAGGGACACCCUCCUCGUCUCUGACAUGGCCAACCCUCUGAGGGGUGAGGUCAUUAAGCUGUACAAAUGUCUGCUGUAUCUUGGCCGAGAGUACCCCAAGGGAUCUGCGUAUUUCAGGGAUCGCCUGAAGUCAGCCUUCAUGAAGAACAAAGAUGUGACAGAUCCCGAGGAGAUCAGAAAACUUGUGGCCCGGGGGGAUUUUGUCAUCAAGGAGCUCGAAGCACUUUAUUUCCUCAGAAAAUACAGAACCAUGAAGAAGAGGUAUUAUGACCCAGAAAAAUAAUUACACACAACUACAGCUUCGUAUUGUCUCUCUGAAAUGAAAUGCAGGCAACGGGCACAGAUAACAAACUCGCAAAAAAUUAAAUAAACUACACUUGCCUCAUAAGGGAAAAGUAGGAAAUAAGGGGAGAGUGCCAGCCGAUGAUGAUAAUGUAGCUGUUACAGAACAGGUUUUGAGUCUUUAUACACAAAUUGCACCUUAAUACUUAUAUUUUAAAACUCAAAUAUUGUAUUUAUAAUGAUUUCACUGCUUGUGUUUUUUAAGUAUAUGUUAACUGAACAUUUCAACAGGUCAAAGAUUUCAUUAUCUAUCUUAACAUCACAUUUGAAUCACGGUUAUUGUUAAUAAGUUUAACACAGACAUCCACCUGGUCUGUGAGAAACUGUUGAAGCCAAAGUGUUA